AUGCACCACCCCAAACCACCAAUUGCCCUAGCUAGUGAGGCAACAAUCCCUACCCCUUUUCCACUCCCCCAUGGCUUCCAAACUUCUUCUGCUGUUUCUCUCGAGCCUGCUGGCUCACAGCAUUGGCUUAGGGAUGGCACAGUCCGUCGGUCCUAUCGUUCCUUACGACCCUUGCUUAGAUCUAAACGACUACCAGUACCGGCCAUCGGAGGAGCUGCCCUAUGGUCGUUGGAGUUUCCCUGACGGCUUCGUCUUUGCCUCAGCCACAGCUGCUUACCAGAUCGAGGGUGCUGCUAAUCAGUCUUGCAGAGGCCCGAGUGUUUGGGACAGAUUCGCCCAUGAGUUUCCAGAGAGGAUAGCCGAUGGGAGCAAUGGAGAUGUGGCGCUGGACCAUUAUCACCGCUUGGAGGAGGAUAUCAUAAGGAUGAAGUAUAUGAAUUUGGAUGCCUACCGAUUCUCCAUCUCCUGGACUAGAAUCAUACCAUAUGGCAAGAUCCAGACCGGAGUCAAUGAGCAAGGAAUCAAGUUUUACCACGACCUCCUCGAUCUGCUCGAGAAACAUGGACUGGAGCCUUAUGUGACCAUAUGGCAUUGGGAUACCCCUCAAGCCCUGGAAGCUGAGUAUGGUGGAUUCUUAAGCCGAAACAUUGUGAAGGAUUUCGAGGAUUACUGUGACUUCUUGUUCCAGGAGUACGGCCACAGAAUAAAGAAGUGGAUCACCUUGAACGAGCCAGUGACCUAUGUGAUGAGAGGCUACGACGAAGGGCUGCACGCACCGGGACGCUGCUCCGUAUGGGCUAACCGAGCCUGUGUAGCCGGAGACUCCGCAACCGAACCUUACAUCGUCACCCACAACCUCCUUCUGGCUCACGCCGCUGGUUACCGUUUGUAUGAGAACAAGUACAAGGCGAAGCAACAAGGGGUGGUAGGGAUCACCAUAGUCACGUUCUAUUUCCUUCCUUACUCUGGUCAAACAGCUGACGUCGAUGCUGCCCAGAGAGCUCUGGACUUCAUGUAUGGCUGGUACAUGGAUCCCAUUACCUUCGGUCACUACCCGAGAAACAUGGUGGAUCUGGUCGGAUCUCGGCUACCGACCUUCACAGAAGAAGAGUCGCACAUGCUCAAGAACUCGUACGAUUAUCUUGGCCUCAACUACUACACCACUUACUACGCCAAGAACAACACCGAGUUCGAUCCGGUGCAUCUUCGUUACACUCGUGAUUCCCAAGCCCUUACUACCCCUGAGAAAGAUGGAGUCCUUAUUGGUGACCAGAUGGGUUCCGACUGGCAGUUUCUGUAUCCUGACGGACUUCGAUUGCUUUUGGAGUACACCAAAGAAACAUAUGGAGAUCAUGUCAUUUACAUAACCGAGAACGGAAUGGGGACACAGGACGACCCUAAACAGACACUCGCAGAGGCCAGAACUGACACUAUGCGAGUCACGUUCUACAACGCCCAUCUCGCGAGUAUUCGCCAGGCAAUGAGGGAGAAGGAGGUGCAGGUGAAAGGGUUCUUCGCCUGGUCGUACGCCGACAACUACGAAUGGAACGACGGGUACUCGGUCCGAUUCGGGCUCUACUACAUCAACUACACGGAUAUCUCCAGGCACCCUAAGCACUCCGCUUGCUGGUACACCAGCUUCUGCAGCCGAUCCCAGCCCAAGGGCCCUACCGAUAACAACCUCCGGAUGAUUACCGCUGCCGCCGGCGGACGCAAGGCACUUCGCCUCUCAGCAGCUACUGUGUAACAUCCGGUCUCGACGACGAGGGAACGUAGAAUGAUGAAGAAUAAGAAGGAUCCGAUAGACCGACGGUCACUACACUGAGCAUGAUCGUGAUGAAUACAUGCAGCGUAUAAGACAUGCAUCAUGAUGAUGAGCAGGUGGCCUUCUGAUCUGAUUGGUCAUUUAGUAAUCAGUGUUGUGUUUUUCAUUUUUCCUUUCUUUGUUGUUUAGUAAAAGACGACGGAUGAUUUGUUGUACUGUGUACUGUUGUUGUUGUUGUUGUUAAAAAAUGAAUAAAACUAUUAUUAUUAAAUAAAAGAUGAUUCGUGAA